AGCGCGCGGGCUCGGGCUGCCCCCACCGACGCGCGGCCGCGCGCGGCCGGCGGCUGCUGCGGCGAUGCCGGUGCAGGGCGCGGGCGGCGGAUACGGAUCUGGGCACACGUACGGCAACGGAUAUGGGAACACCUACGGUAACAGCGAGCCUGCCACUGUGGUCGGGCAGCCGGUGUCGGGUCAGGCCGUAGGCGACGUGCACGUGGCCAUGGGCGUGCCCUACAGGGUGGACCCCAGCCAGGCCACCACCGCGAGCAUGCCGUGGAUGUCGCAGUUCCCCGAGAAGCGUCAGAACAACAAGAUCGAGGCCAUUCGGUCUGGCGGAGAGGCGGCUAAACAGUACCCGCUGCUCCCGGACGAGCGGCCGUGGAACGACAGCUGCUGGAUCUUCGCGUUCGUUCU